AUGAAGCGUUUGGCCGAGGAAGCUGUCGAGAAUUCGAAGUUGAUCUCGGCGCAAAACAUCUAUGCCGAUGGUCUCUCGAUCAGCGACACUUUGAGAGAAAAAGCCGAUGCUUUCGAGAGACACUUUGAGGAAUACCUGCCCCUCGCUCGAAUCUACAACGAGAAGUUGACGGACCUCGCCGACCAGAAUCAAGCGCUGAUCCGCCAAUUCAAGAAGGGUCUCGCCAUUGCUGAGAGCCCGGAAAAGAGCGAAGAGGCGGAAGUGUCUACCCGUUCUGCAACCACGAUUACCGCGGGGCAAUAUCCGAUGGUUCUUACGGCCUUACGACGCUGCUCGGCACUUAUCGUCGCUAUGUCGACCUGUACAAUGAGGCCGCCGAAAAUGUCAAGAAGAGCC